AUGGCUUUGAACCACACGGCCCCACCCCCGGACGAGCGCCGGCCGCCUUAUCUUCGCGAUGGGGAUCCCUUUGCUUCCAAGCUUUCCUGGGAAGCGGAUUUAGUGGCUGGCUUUUACUUAACAAUCAUUGGGAUUCUGUCCACGUUUGGAAAUGGGUAUGUCCUUUAUAUGUCUUCUAGACGAAAAAAGAAGCUGAGACCUGCGGAAAUAAUGACUGUCAAUUUAGCAAUCUGUGAUCUGGGGAUUUCAGUUGUAGGCAAACCGUUCACCAUCAUCUCUUGCUUCUGUCACCGCUGGGUGUUCGGCUGGAUUGGCUGCCGCUGGUAUGGAUGGGCUGGAUUUUUCUUUGGCUGUGGAAGCCUUAUCACUAUGACUGCUGUCAGCCUGGACCGAUACCUGAAAAUCUGCUAUUUAUCAUAUGGGAUUUGGCUGAAAAGAAAGCACGCCUACAUCUGCCUGGCGGUCAUCUGGGCCUAUGCUGCCUUCUGGACCACCAUGCCCUUGGUAGGUCUGGGGGACUACGCACCUGAGCCCUUCGGAACUUCCUGCACCCUGGACUGGUGGCUGGCCCAGGCCUCAGUAGGGGGCCAGAUUUUCAUCCUGAACAUCCUCUUCUUCUGCCUCUUGCUGCCAACCGCUGUGAUCGUGUUCUCCUAUGUGAAGAUCAUUGCCAAGGUUAAGUCCUCGUCCAAAGAAGUAGCUCAUUUUGACAGUCGGAUCCAUAGCAGCCAUGUGCUGGAAGUGAAAUUGACCAAGGUGGCGAUGUUGAUUUGCGCUGGCUUCCUGAUUGCCUGGAUUCCUUAUGCAGUGGUCUCCGUGUGGUCAGCUUUUGGACGGCCAGACUCCAUCCCCAUACAACUCUCUGUGGUGCCAACCCUCCUGGCAAAAUCAGCAGCAAUGUACAACCCCAUCAUUUACCAGGUCAUCGAUUACAAAUUUGCCUGUUGCCAAACUGGUGGUUUGAAGGCCACCAAGAAGAAAUCUUUGGAAGACUUCAGGCUGCACACUGUAACCACAGUCAGGAAGUCUUCUGCUGUGCUGGAAAUCCAUCAAGAGGUAUGAAGAUGGACACAGCAUUACUCAUGGACACGAUGAUUCACUUACUUGCCUCUUCACUGCUCUUAAUGUUUGAUUGUGACCACACAUUUCUCUUGAUAUUAUAUUUUUAUAUUUUG